AUGGCAGAAGAAAACGUGUUUUUAUUCUACCCGAAUCUGAUCGGAUAUGCAAGGAUAGUAUUGGCCAUCAUUUCCUGCUUCUUGAUGCUCGAUUCUCCUUUAACAGCGGCAUUUUGCUACGGCCUGAGUGCUUUCCUGGAUGCUUUUGAUGGAUAUUUGGCGAGGUUAUACAAUCAGAGUAAGUCCAAGGUUGUAUUAAAUAAUUUUAAAAAGUCGAGGGGCCGAAAGUGGGCAUUUGGUUUUCUGGAAGAGUUUGGAAUUAAUUUACUGUUGAAUUUUUUUAUUACCUGCAAAAGUUAACAACAUACGUCUUAUCUGCCCACUCUGUAGUAGCUAAUUAUGAAUUGAAGGCGAUCGCUUUAAUGGCUUGCGCAAUUUUUACAGGUUCCCGUUUUGGUGCUAUGUUAGACCAAUUGACUGAUCGUUUGGCCUUUGUGGGUCUUUUGAUGGCCUUAUGUGCCCUAUAUCCUCGUUGGAUGUUCUUCUUCCAGCUGGUUGUCAUCAUCGACAUCGCUUCUCAUUGGCUUCAUUUACAUGCUGGGGAUCUCACUGGAAAGGUUUCUCACAAAUCCUCCGACAACCCUCUUCUUCAUUACUAUUACACUUCAAGGUAAUCGCACUACACUCUGAUAACCUUCCUUUCCAGACCCUUCUUAUUUUUCAUGUGUUUUGGAAAUGAGGCCUUCUAUGGAUUAUUAUACUUGAAUGCUUUCUGGACUGGCCCCAAUAUUGUCCUCGGCAUCACUCCCAUGAAGAUUCUGAUCGCUCCAUUUUGUGUUGUCGCUCUUAUCAAGUCGGGAAUCUCGGUCGUCCAUCUCAUCACUGCUUCUCAGACUGUUGUUGAGCACGAUCAAGCCCUCAGGGAAAAAGCUAAUUAA